ACUGCUGCUACGCCGCCGCCCGCCGUCGAUCAAAGCAGUAUAUGGCGGACAAGUUUGAAAGUGUUUAUGUCGUACAGUGGUCUUACCUACUACUUCUAGGCCUAGCCUAUCCUUUCUGUUGGUAUAUUUUUUAUAACUUCCUGUUCUGUUAUUUCUGUAAGGAGAAUAUGAUGUGUUCCAUACCAUAUGUGUUCCAUACUGCAUAGGCCUAGUAUUCAUUUGUCAAGAAUUAUGCGGAUUAAAGUUAUCCGAAUAGACCUACCCUCUUAGGCUAUCCGACUGGUGGAAGCAAGGACCCGCUCGGAGAGAGAGCAUAUCAAGGCCUACCUUAAUGAUAUAGCAUAGGCAACGAUAUUUGAAGUCAUGACAGUUAAUGAACGGUAUUUAGUGGUAGUUUCAAUGAUGGAAGGUCGGCAUUUUCCAAAGAGAAAUCAACACCAACUUUUUAUAGAAACCAAGUUUGAUGGUGAGACUCUCAGUACCGACCCAGUUCAUCAUUCCGAAUCUCCAGAAUUCAAUACAGAGCUUGCAUGGGAACUUGACAAGAAAGAACUGCAUCAGCAUAGACUUCAAAGAACCCCAAUUAAAUUGCAGUGUUAUGCAGUGAAUGUAGCAAUGAAAACUAGAGAAAUUAUUGGAUACAUCAUGCUUGAUUUGAGAACAGCUUCUCAAUCUGUCAGCUCUCCUGCUAAUGUUCCUGUGCCCAGCAAGUGGUAUCCCCUCCUAAGUUGUAAGUACCAGCGAAUGAAGCCGGAGAUAAAAGUAGGGCUGUCUUUGGAGUUGGACAAUAAGCAACCAGACUCCAGUUUCAAGGCUAAAAGUGCACCACCUAGGAAGGGACAAAGUAUGUCAAUCCAAGAGGAAGCUGAAUCUGAAACGUUUGAAUCUUUGUCGAUGCAAGCAAUCCUGAAUGAGGCUGAAAAAAUCUUUCAAAUAGGACCAGUUGACCGCUGCCAUGAAUUAUUCAUCAUGUCUGUGACAAUUGCUUUUGCCACAAACUUGACUAAGCUAAUUCCUUCAAGUUGGACAUUAGAAGGUAGAAAGGAUGAUGGUUUUUUCUUUUACUAUUCUUUGUUUGGCCAUGAUGUAACCAGUGAGCCAUUUCAAGACCUUUUGUCACCAAAUUUUGCUGCAGAAAGAGCAUAUGUGAAGAUCAGAAGUAGCGAAGAGGCCCUAAUGUUAUAUUUCAAAGGGAACCCAAAGUUGCAAGUCCAUUUUUGCUGUGGAAACCAGUCUCUGGGAAGCUGUCAAAUUUCCUUAGCAUCCUUAUUGAUCCCUAAAACAGAUCAAAGUCCUUUUGUGCUAGAGGGAUCUUUCCAGCUUUACCCACCAACUCUUGUUCAUCAUCAACUGUUAUCAUCAGUUUCUGCCAGCAUGGCCCCAGCUGUGGGAGUGUCAGUUGUGCUAAAGAGGGAAGAAAUUCCCCUGCAAUUUGGAGCAACAAAACCUCAGACUCCUCAACAAUAUGAUAGAAUGGAAAAAGAUCAAGCACCGUCACCUGAUGAUAGCUACACUCCACCUGAAAGUACUCAGGUAGAUGAUAGUAGUACUGUGGAUGAAGAGUAUGGGAAUGAAAAACAUAUGAUAGAAAAAGGCAGAAGACACCAGAAGAAAGGGCAGAGAAAUAAAGAACAUGAAAGCAAAACUAAGGAAUCACAAGAGCGCAAAUCAUCAAUAAAAGCUUUAGUGCAAAAAAACCCCAAGGAAAAUGUUACCACGUCAGAUUAUAACAGUUCCUGCCAAGCAUCGUCUGAGCAGCACUUCAAAAGUCAUAUUAAUCAUCACUACUGUUUCUCCAUUGAUCUCCGCAGCAUCAAAGAUGUUGACAUUCAGAAUGUUGCUAAUAUUUAUCUGAGGUACACAUACGCUUUUUUUGGAAGCUCAUCUGCAAUUCAAACACACCCUCCAGUUGAAGUACAAAGGCAUAGUGAGGUGCUCCUACCUCAUUCAUUCUGUGCUUUUGAUUUUGCAGCACCUGCAGAGCUGGUUUCCCAAACUUUUUUGAGAGUUCCACUACUAAUUGAGGUUUGGCACAGAGAUAAGACCACCAAAGAUGCAUUGGUUGGGGUUGCUAAGUUGCCACUCUCAAACAUUUUAAAAUCAGAAAAGGCAAGGAUUGUUAACUCAUCUUCUGGGGCUGAUGUUUGGAGGCAGAUUUCAAGUUCAAAGCAAAAUGUUGUGUCAACCAAUCAACAACCGAGGAAAGUCGCUGAGCUUUAUGUUGUGUUAGGAUUAGAAGAUUAUGGUCCAAUUGAAACUCAACAGAUCUUCACCCUCCUGAGCAACCUGAUCAUAAGGAGACUCAAGAAUACAAGGCUGCAAUUGAACUUGAAAUCUGGAAAGAACAACAAGCUGGAGCUUUUGAAUAUCAGCUUAAGGAGAAGGAGCUGAUGUACAUGCAGACUCUAGCUGAAGAGUGGAAGAAACGUGACAAAGACAGAGAAAUUAUAUUGAAAAAGAAGAUUGAAGAUUUUGCGCAACUGGAGAACCAGUUGAAGUUAGCCUUGACUGACAUACAGAAACGAGAACAGAAAUUGGCAGCCAAUGAAUCAGAGGUUGCAAGGCUACGAAAUGAUCUACAGCGGGAACAACAACAAAAACUUGAUGAGAUGAAAGAUGCAUCUAAGCGAAUGAAGGAAGAUUGGGACACCCUAGUUAAGGGAAUAGGGACACCUGACGAGUGUGCAAAAUGGCCAAGUCAGUCAAAAGUUAGGCUUCUUGAAAAUGAAAAGCAACAACUUGCUCAUCAACUUGCUGAAGUUCAUAGGCAUCUUCACGACAAGCAGGUCGAAUUAACAGAGUAUAAAAGCCAAACGAUUACCAAACCAGAAGUCAAGCUCCAGUCUGAUAUUAAUUUACUUUCACUUGAAAAGGUGGAGUUUGAGAGGAAAUUGGAAUCUGUGACAAAAUCCAAAAUACAUUAUAAGCAGCAAUGGGGUCAUGCAUUAAAGGAGCUAGCCAGCUUGAAACAGAAGGAACAAAUGGAGGCCAAAGCCAGGCUGAGGCGACAGCAGCAAGAGUUGGAGCACAUGAGACUCAGGUACUUGGCAUCUGAAGAAAAAGAAGUGGUGAAAUCCGAGAGACAGCAGCUGGAAGAAAUCAAAGAAGAACUUAGCAAGUAG